AUGAGACUGUCCAACUUUGUCCUCACGGCUAGCUUGACCGCCGUCAACGCGAUUCCAUCAUACUUCGAGAAGCGAGACGCGGCACCUGCAGCUACGAUUAAGAAUGGAACCCUUGAAGGCAUUUCGAUUCCGUCGUUCUCUCAAGAGGCGUUCUUGCGUAUCCCAUUCGCCGAGCCUCCAGUAGGGGACCUCCGCUUUGCUACACCGCGGUUCUUAACGCAGGGCUGGAAUGGUACACUCGAGGCGAAGACGUACCCUCAAAAGUGUGUCGGCUACGGCACUGAGCAGAUCGAAGAUGGGGGAGCACAGGGCGAGGACUGCCUUUAUUUGAACGUUGUAAGACCUGCAGGAAUGGACUCAGGAAGUGCGCUACCUGUUGCAGUAUGGAUCCAUGGUGGAGGUUUCUCGCAAGGCGGUACUAUAAAGCCAUUGUACAAUAUCUCGUACAUGAUACAGAAUGGAAUCGAGAUUGACAGGCCUUUCAUUGGUGUUACACUCCAGUAUCGGCUCAACGCGUACGGCUUUCUCAACGGUGAUCAGGUCAAGGCAGCGGGUGCCACCAAUCUAGGCAUCCGGGAUCAGCGGCUUGCACUCCAGUGGGUGCAAGAGAACAUCGCCGCGUUCGGUGGCAAUCCGGACAAGGUAACCAUAUUCGGAGAAAGUGCAGGUGCAGCUUCCGUUGGUAUUCACCUUGUCGCCUACGGUGGCCGUAACGACAAGCUCUUCCGUGGUGCCGUCAUGGAAAGCGGUGGACCUUUAUUAUUGGGCAGCAAAUACAACGCUUCGCUCGAGCAGUCAAAGUACGACAUGCUCGUACAAGCGACCGGCUGCUCUAGGUUCAGUGACUCGCUGGAAUGCCUCCGAGAUCUAGAUUACACAUCUUUGAACGCAGCGCUCAAUGGCACCGCCGCCAAUACGUUCUUUCCCUAUGAGGACGGUGACCUUAUCCAGGGUUCACUCUACGAUCAGCUCGAAGCAGGGAAGUUUGUUCAGGUACCAAUCAUCAUCGGAACGAACACCGAGGAAGGAGGUUUCACAGCCUCAGGCAUGAAAGUCGAUACAGAUGCUCAAUUCCGCGACGCUGUAGCAUCGUAUGGCUCGAAUGAGACAGUACCCUUCAUCGAAGCCCUGUACCCGAACAUCCCUGCCAUCGGAAUACCUGCUCGAAUCAAGACUCCCACGGAAGCCCAAGGCAAGCAAUACAAGCGUCUAGCCGCUUUCACGGGCGACUACACUUUCAUCGCGCCGCGCCGUCUGACCUGCCAAAGUUGGGCUCAACACAACGUCACCGCAUAUUGCUACCGAUUCAAUGGCGACUUGCCGUCGAUUUUGCCUACAGCUGGCGCCACUCACUGGGUCGAGGUUGCCUAUGUCUUCUACAAUCUCGAUCGUGUAAGUAAUGAGGGUACAUGGCCGAUACCGGAGGAUUACAAACGUUUGGCCAAACUUGUCAGCUCAAUGUGGGUGAGCUUCUUUGUUGAUGGUGACCCCAACGGGCAUGGACAGAAGGAUGUCGCGAAGUGGCCUGCGUAUGCGGAUGGCGACACUGGAUAUGCGGAGGAUUUCGCCUUUGAUGUCAACGGGACGAGUAAGCCAGAGCUGGACACGUGGAGGGCGGAGGGAAUCGCGUAUCUGAACAGCGUGUACGGCAGUGCCUACAACAAAUAG